UACUGAACUUACUUACUUCCUUCUGAAUCUGCUUACUGUAUUUGUCUCUGAGUCUCCCUCUACCAUUCUUGCUCCUCAAACUUCCCUCCAAUACUAAACUGGCGAUCCCUUGAUGUCUCAGAAUGUGUGCUCUCAGCUGAUCUGUUCAAGUCAGGUUGUACCAUAAAUUUCAUUUCUCCCCAGCUCUACUCAGUACCUCCUCAUCAGUUAUGUGAUCUACCCAUCUAAUUUUCAGCAUUCAUCUCUACCACCACAUUUUAAAAGCUUCUAUUCUAUUCUUGUCUAAAUGAAAACACUUCCUAGCACUUAAAAUCUACAUUCAAUGUUAACAAAUUUCUUUUCUUCAGAGAAAUUUUUUCUUGCCAUUGCCAGUCUAGAUUUUAUAUCCUGACUACAUCAACAGUCAGUUAUUUUACUGACCAAAUAGCAAAACUCAUCUGUUACUUUCAGUGUCUCAUUUCCAAAUCUAAUUCCCUCAGAAUCAGCUGAUAUAACUUGACUACAUUCCAUUAUCCCUGUUUUGCUUUCGUUGAUGUUCAUUUUAUACGGACCUCUCAGGACACACACUAUUUCGUACAAGUGCUCUCCCAAGUCCUUUGCUAUCUCUGAUAGAAUUUCAGUGUCAUUGGCAAACCUUAGUUUUAUUUCUUCUCUCUGCACUUUAAUUCUUUCUUAAAGUUUGGCUUUGGUUUCCUUUACUGCUUGAUCAAUGUACAGGUUGAACAUUGGGUAUACACUUCAACCCUGUCACACUGCUUCCUUUCCACACCCUUCGACUCUUAUUACUGCUGUCAGAUUACUGUAAAUAGCCUUUCACUCCAUAUAUUUUACCCAUGUUACAUUCAGAAUUUCAAAAAGAGUAUUCCAGUCAACACUGUCAAAAGCUUUCUCUAAGUCUAUAAAUGCUAUAAACGUAGGUUUGCCAUUCCUUAACCUAUCUUCUAAGAUAAGUCAUAGUGUCAGUAUUGUCCCGCAUUUGAACACAUUUCUCUGGAACCCAAACUGAUCUUCCCCGAUGUUGGCUUCUACCAGUUUUUCCAGUCUUCUGUAAAGAAUUCGUGUUAGAAUUGAAGGGCUUGGAGAGAUAUAGUUGUAAGCCACAACUUUCACGAAAUUGAGUUUUUCAUGUUGCGGCAUUCUUAACAAUGUCUUCUUCACAAUGUGUUGAAAAAGUUCUGUGUUACUGCAACAGAUGGCAGGCUAUGACAGAGUGCAGUUCUAUGCUGUGCCAUCAGAUAGUAGUUUCAGAAGAUACAUGUUCACAAGCCACGGCAAAAUGGCAGGUGGGUCAGGAACGUCUGAAGUGUCUUCAGGUUUUCAACGCAUAUUUGACACAGACAGUAGUGGAAGUGAAGAGCUUUACCCUUUGGAUCCUGAUAGUGAUGAAUCUUGUCAUCCAUCGCCCAGCAGUUCCAGCUCAGAUUAUGUUUCGGUAAGUAUAUAGGGUAAACGACCCUAUUAUUGGCACCCUGCUAAGAAACAUUUUGUAAUAAGGAAAUUUUUAAGUUGGUAGCGCUGUUUUAGAAACAGAUGAAGACCUCUGUUUUCGCUUGUUGCGCUGCAUUUGUUUCAACGCCUUCUGGGAACUGGUUUGGCGGGAAGCUGACCUGAAGUCGAUUGUUGUGAAGUUCCCUGUGCAAAAAAGGAUUUUCUAAGAGAAGUAAACUGAAUGAAAUAUCGGUCCUAGGCGAAAAGAUUCAUACAGUGAAGAAAGCCUUCAGAAAGCCUUCCAAGAAGUAAAGAAAGACAUCUCAUUCAAAGCAGCGUCCAGAAUGUACGGGAUUCCCAGAUCAACAUUACAAUUCCGGCUGAGUAAUAAAUAUACCAAAACAUCCCAUGGGCCAGCGCCUAUACUGAGCACAGAGAAGGAAAACACCCUUGUUUGGUGGAUUUUUGAAUGUGCUCGGAAGGGAUUCCCACGGCGAAAACAAGAUAUUCAGGCAAGCGUGCGAGAAUUUCUUCAUAACAGUAAACGUCCUAAUCCUUUUAAGGACGACACCCCUGGUAACAAAUGGUAUUGUGCCUUUUUAAAAAGGCAUCCGGAAGUUUCUGAAAGAACACCUGAGGGUGUAACUGCUGCAAGUGCUUGUGUUAGUGAACAAGACGUGAGAGGAUGGUUUACGUCCACAGAAGACCUCCUUAAGGAGGAAAAUGUAUUUGAUGUGCUGUCAUGUCCAAGCUGUAUUUUCAAUGGCGAUGAAACUAAUUUUGUUCUAUGCCCUAAUAAAGAUAUUUUACUUGCACCCACGGGCUGUAAAAAUGUCUAUGAAGUAGAAAGGUCCAGCCAAAGCUACUCUCACUGUCAUGUGCACAUUAUCAGCAGAUGGAAAGAUGUGCCCUCCAAUGAUAAUUUACCCCUAUCAGAGAAUUCUUACCAACAUUAUCAGCAAGGUUCCUGAAAAGUGGGGCAUUGGGAGAAGCGGCAAUGGAUGGAUGAAAUCUGAAGUUUUCUUCGAGUUCAUAGCUAACGUUUUUCAUCCAUAUCUCCAAGAAAAUAACAUCCUACAACCAGUAAUUCUGUUUGUUGAUGGGCAUAAAACCCAUUUAACAUACCACUUGAGCGAGCUGUGUAAAGAUCUUAAAAUUAUUCUGACAUCUUUGUAUCCCAAUUCUAUACGAAUAUUACAGCCUGCUGAUGUUGCUGCCUUCAGACCUGUCAAAAGUGAAUGGAAGAAUGCUGCAUUCACAUGGCAAACAAACAACGGUGGAAAAGCUAUAACUAAAGAGGACUUUGCACCAAUCUUGAAAGAAAUGACUGAAAAAAUGGACCUUGAAAACACAAUUAAAAAUGGUUUCAGAGCUACCAGGUUGUACCCAUGGAACCCAAACAACAUUGAUUUCUCAAAGUGCUUGGCUAGGAAUGUUUCUAACUGCAACAAUAUUAACAGCAACAGCAGGAAGUCAGAAAUCCUGCCUCUUCCAUACAACACUUUUGUUCAGGUUGUUGGAGAAGAGAAAAUAUAUGAAUUUGAGACUAUACAGAAUGUGAUAGAAAACGCUCAUGGAGAAGAUUUCUUUCUUCUAUAUUGGCUAUGGAAAUGUUAUGAAAAUGAAAACCAAAAACAGGAACAGAAAGCUACUGAAAUCACACCAGAUGCCAACGUGUCCCUUUCUGAUGAAAAUCUGAACAUUUCAAAUCCACAACAUGCCUCAAGUGAAGAAGCUAGCCAGAGUUCAUCAGGAAGAGAUGACACAGAAGAUACGCCUAUAGUAAAUAAAACUCCAACCAAAUGUAUAAACGAAGUGCUUCUUUGGCCAGAAACGCCAAAAAGGAAAGGAAAGUGACAAGUGGAACGAUUCCCAUUUGUUUUAACCCCAAGAAAGUGAAAUAACCUGCAUGAGGAAAAGGUAAAAAUGAAGGAGGAUGCCAUGAAACAGAAAGAAAAACGAAAGCAGGAAAGAGAAGAGAAGAAAAUGAAAAAGCAAGCUACUGAACAAAUUAAUAAAGAGAAGAAA